AAUGUAAAGAAAAGAAACCAUUAUACCCUCUUCCUAUCUCUGUCUGUCUGCCAUCUCUCUCUCUCUCCUGUUUCGUUUCUUCUUCGCUUCUUCAAAAGCGAAGCGAAGAAGAGAUAGGAAUCAGAAGAGAAAACAAACCAUAACACAUCUCCUCCUGCAAAUCCAUCAUCCAAAACUACCAUAAUCCCCUUUGAAUUUCACAAAAGUAUGUUGGUAGCAAACGCCUUUGAUCUAUGGCAGAAAGACAUCUUCUUCUCCGCUGCAGAGGAGGUUCAAGCGUCUGCAGACAUAAUGGAGUCAGCUUACAGGACAUGGGUCAGACAGAAGAAAGAAGGGGUUAAAUCUGUUGAUUUGGAUGAACUUUGUAGGGAGCUUCAAACUGCUUUAGGCACAGCAAAGUGGCAGUUGGAUGAGUUUCAAAGAGCCGUUAGACUGAGCUACAAAAACAGCGUUAACGACGUUAGAACAACCCGACACGAACAAUUCGUUUCGGCGAUAUCAUCCCAGAUUUCCGCAGUCGAAUCGGCGUUAAAAGAAUAUUUCAGUGAUGAAGUCCGAAAGCCUCUUCGAUGGGUGAAUUUGGACGAAGAAGAACGUGACGAUUUAGCCAUGUUUCUAUCUGGGAGUGCGGAAAGAUCAAAGAACAACGCUAAAGAUUCCAGUUAUACGACAAGUUGUAAAGAUGUUGACAGUUAUGUUAUAGAUGUGGAGCCGGUUGAAAUAAUGGGAACGAGUGAUGGUUCUUCAUGUCAAGCUGAUAAAAAAGCUGGUUCUUCGCGAAGAACGCGGGUUGUGCAAGAUGUUGAAACGCUGAAGAUUGCGGUUGAUCAUGAUGAUGAACAGAAACCGUUGAUGUUGAAUGAUGUUGAGUCUACACCGAAAGAUAAAGGUUAUGGUUGGAGACCGAGAUGUGGGAAUUAUUGGAUUAAUCAGAUUUUUAAAAGGGCUGCUGGAAGUCAAAGGCAACUGCAGACCUCAAUACACUUGCAUAGAAGUUGUUCCUUUCGGGUCACGCUUGUUUUGAUGCUAACUAUCUUUUUGCUUGUGCCAUUCGUAAUGUAUUGCAAUUGAGCGUGGUGUCAUUAGCAAGAUAAAAGGUUGCCGAGGAGUCUUUAAGUACUGAGGAAGUGAAGAACUUGACUGCAGGAUAUCAUGACUUCUCCAGCUAGUAUUAAGAUGUAACCAUGAAAAAUUGAACUCAAGAUUAUUAUAUGGUAACUUCUAGACCAUGUAUACAACAUUAUACAUGUAUUGGAUGACAAUGUAUGUGUGAACUUCAUAAAUGCAGCUUGUUAAACAGUAUUCUCAGAAUGGCAGUAUACUUGCAGCUGUAGAAA